AUGUCCCCUGAGCAUUCGGAAGGCGCCGUUCAAGAAACGCCACAACGACAGGAGCAGCAAGCUGACGUCAUCGUGCGCGACGAUUUCUCCCUCGCGGCCGUGGCGGCUUUCUGGUUCAUCGGCGGGAUCGUCGGUGCAUCGGCCGGCGCUCUCGGCUUCUACGUCAUCUUGUACGUGUUGGGACGCGACGCCACGAACAUGCUACCGCGGGCGCCACCCGAGAGGGACGACGGCACCGUGUGCUACUCGCAUGACUGCCUCCAGACUGCCGCCUAUCUGCGCAACCGGCUUAACCCACUGCUCGAGCCGUGCCGCAACUUCACGGACCACGUGUGCGGCCGCUUCCACGGACCCGGAGAUAGCCUCGUGGAGCUGGAGUCGUGGCGCACCCACAUGGAGGUGUUGGCAAUGGCAAGUACCGCCUAUCACUUGUCCGGCGCACGUGGCAAAGCCUCGCAGCUGCUGAGACAGUGCCUGCUGGUCUACUCGGUCAGCACUUCUAGCCACAAGGCACUGCAGGACUUCAUGAAGCGGCUCAACCUCUUCCUGUACAGCCCGCCUUUGACGGCACCCCUCGCGUCAGACCAGGUGUUGGCACUGCACGUGGAGCUGUCCUACUCGUACGGGGUGAGCGGCCUGCUGCGCAUUCGGCCAAGCCUCGCGCGCUCUCUCUCUGUGGAGUUGGACGGCGUAGCUUUGGCGGCUUCGCUGAAGAGAGAGAGAGAUAUCUUGUAUCCCUUGAUCCUGGCUACCAUAGCUGGAGCGCAGUUAGAUCCCGGCUUGGUGACGCUGAUGGAGAGCCUGUUCGAGAGCAUGCAGCAGGCAGUGGCCAUGGCAGCGAUCCAUAUUUCCGCCCAGGCUGCAUCACCGCUCCUCAAACAGGUGAAAGACUUGAAGUUCGCCGGAGUGAGUGCCAACGCGUUCGCCGACGCUAUCGAGGCGAAGACGGUGUACCGAAGAGACUCAAGCGUGUUUCAGAGCAGCUGGCUCAUGACGGUGCUGGAGAGCGUGUGGCAAGAGUUCUCCAGCAGCGUUGACCUAUUCCUGUGGACCAGCUGGUACGUUCUGGACGAGCUGGCUCCUUUCGUCGAAACUGCGGUGGCCCAGAUGCGAAGCCAGCUGUCGGCGCAGCCCACGCUGGGCAGUGGACUUUAUCAUGCGGCAGCUGGCGACAAAGCCAUGGUGGGCCAACGCUGA